UUAAGUCUAUGUGCUUCACCAAAUCCCCACCCAUACUUUCUCUCUUUCAAGAUAACAUUUUCCAAUUGUUCAUUCAUUUUCUCUCAAUUUCCCCUCUCAAAUUAUGAAGAUCCAUGUGAAGGAAUCAACGAUGGUGGUUCCGGCGGAGCAAACGCCGUCGCGGAGGCUCUGGAACGCGAAUGUCGACCUUGUGGUUCCGAGUUUUCACACCCCGAGCGUUUAUUUCUACAGACCGAACGGAUCGGUUAAUUUCUUCGAUUCCUCGGUCAUGAAGGCGGCGCUCGGUCGUGUUCUUGUGCCGUUUUAUCCUAUGGCGGCUAGGUUAGCUAGAGAUGAGGACGGAAGAAUCGAGAUCGAUUGUAAUGGUCAAGGUGUUUUGUUCGUGGAGGCGGAAACUGAUUCGAUUAUCGAUGAUUUUGGGGAUUUUGCGCCCACGUUGGAACUCCGACAGCUGAUUCCGCCGGUGGAUUAUUCAAAGGAGAUCUCUUCUUAUCCCCUUCUGGUUUUACAGGUGACAUAUUUCAAAUGUGGAGGAGUAUCUCUCGGUGUCGGUAUGCAACAUCACGUGGCCGAUGGAGCCUCCGGUCUCCAUUUCGUCAACACAUGGUCCGACGUUGCACGCGGACUAGACGUCUCACUCCCUCCCUUCAUCGAUCGAACCCUACUAACCGCUCGUGACCCACCACAAGCCCAAUUCGACCACAUCGAAUACAAACCACCACCUUCAAUGAAAACCACUCAAAACAACGACAACCCUCCCGAUUUCAUCCCCGAGACAACCGUUUCAAUUUUCAAACUAACUCGUGAGCAACUCAACAUUCUCAAAGGCAAAGCAAAGGAAGACGGUAACACAGUCCCCUAUAGUUCCUACGAAAUGCUCGCGGGCCAUAUCUGGCGUUGCACAUGCAUGGCCCGCGGGCUUCCGGAGGAUCAAGAGACAAAGUUGUACAUUGCGACUGACGGACGGUUUAGACUCCAACCGCCACUCCCGGUCGGAUACUUUGGAAAUGUGAUCUUCACCACUACUCCUUUAGGUAAGGCAGGGGAUCUUCAAACGAAACCGACUUGGUUUUCGGCUGGAAUUAUCCAUGACGCGUUGGGGAAGAUGAAUAAUGAUUAUUUGAGAUCAGCUUUGGAUUAUUUGGAACUUCAACCGGAUCUUAAAGCACUUGUUAGAGGAGCUCAUACGUUUAAGUGUCCAAAUUUGGGAAUAACAAGUUGGGCUAGACUUCCAAUUCACGAUGCUGAUUUCGGGUGGGGCAGACCCAUAUUUAUGGGACCCGGAGGUAUUCCGUUUGAAGGGCUUUCGUUUGUGCUUCCAAGUCCGAUCAAUGAUGGAAGUUUGUCGGUUGCUAUAUCCUUGCAGACUGAGCACAUGAAGCUAUUCCAGAAGUUCUUCACAGAUAUAUAAUAAUAUAACGGGUAUCUCAAAGCUGGUUUUUUUUUUUUUUUUUUACUUAUUUGGGUUUUAUUUUAUUUGUUUUUUUUUUAUCAUAAUGGAUCUUGUUUACAUAUGGGUCUACAAACUCUUAAGUCUCAAUCGUUUCUAAUUAAUUAUAUGACUUCAUGGUAUUAAAUAAUUUA